ACACGUUUUUUUUUAUUAAUGGGGAAGUCUAAGAAGAAAGCAAAGGGGACUACCGUACAAUUAAGCGAGUUUAUCUCUAACCAAUUUAGUUGGGCUGAGCAAUUUGAUGACUUACCUACCGAACCGCAAGGAGACCUUUAUGAGGACCACUCAGCCGUUGAAGGAAAUAAGUGGCAACCUAAAGAACGAUAUAAUGAAGCAAGUUGUUUCCGGGCUACAAAAAGAUUAGACGAAGCUCUCAAUCAAGUUGAAUUACCGACGAAGCCUCCUUAUAAAGCCUUUAUUGGAGGGCUCCCCAGUGAAACCGCUGAAAGAGAUAUUCGUCAUUUCUUCGUUGACUGUAAAAUCGUUAAUUUCAACCACGUCUGUACGCACGAUGGAAUUUCUAAAGGUUAUGGCUUUGUGGAGUUUGAAGACUUAAUCUCUUUAAAAACAGCUCUUGGAAAAUCUGAUAGUGAAUUAAAUGGUAAGCUGGUAAGGGUUAGUCUUGCUACUGGCUCUUCGAGAGAAUCGCCACAGAGCAGAGUAGAUGUGGGAUGGGUUAGAAGUACAUCCCGGAAUCUUUCCUCCAACGACAGUGUGGAAAACAUAGGCGGUUAUGGGAAUCGCGGGAGAUAUGACCAACGAGGAUUUCAAGAUAGAUUUAGAGGACAGACGUACGGAAGUCGACAACAGCCUUCGAGGGCAUACCCCGAAAUCGAAAUUCCUAAAGUUAUAGGCUCAAAGAGCACUAGUGAAGGGAAGGAAAAUCCUUUUGGAGAGGCCAAACCAGUGGAUUCACAAGAAAGCGUUGAAAUUAAUAGCGAAAAAGCUGUUUCAUUCUCCCCAGAAAAAAGUUUUACUCGCGGAGUACUGCCCAGCGAUGCACAGAGCAUUGCUUUUCCUAAAGUGCUCGGCUCCAAAAAAAAUACAACAGAGAAAGAGAAUCCGUUUGGAAGUGCCAAGCCUGUGGAUAUACUGGACACAACACAAAGAUCUCACGCAAUUCCAAAAGUUAUAGGCAUGAAAAGUUCUACACAAAAAAUAAGCCCUUUUGGUGAAGCCAAGCCAGUGGACUUGCAACAUCCAAAGAUGGCAAAAGAAGGUUGAAGGUGUGGAAAAUAAG